UCAUAUCAUCAUUCACGGGUUCGUAUAAAAUCUGAAAUGAUUAUUAUACUUGCCACUUUUCCAGUUUUGCUAUCUAAUGAAAAGUGUGGCAUUCUAAUUCAAAGUCUUCUUAAACUAUGUUCAAUCUUUCAGCGAAAGAUUAAAUAAAUAAGCUUUUUUAUAAAAAAAAAUUUCAAAGUAAGCUUUUGAAAAUUUUAACUGUCUUGGAUGAGAUAGCUUUAUAAUGAAAUUGUCAAUUUGGGCCGGCCCAAUUCACUCGUGAAACUAUCUGGGCAUUUUUUUUUCAUUUUUUGGGCAUUUUUAAUAUUAAUCUUAAAGGUAUCAAUUUUAACCUUAAAGAUAUGAAUUUUCAAAAUUGAUACCUUUAAGAAAAAAAAUUGAUGAAUGCCCAGAAAAUUAAAAUGUUUGUUACACGCGCGAAUUGGGUGGGCCCAAAUUGAAGGUCUCCAAGUUCUUGUGAAAUUUUAAUUUCCUAAAUAAGUGUCUUUAUGUAUGAAGGGACAAAAAAAGUUAAAAACAAUGCUUGUUUGUUGUUAUCAUCGGUGAACAAAGUAUUUGCUAUAUUUUUUUCCUUUAAACAUUAUGACAUUAACAAAGUAAUUGUUUUUUCUCUUAUUUGCAAUUAUUAACAGCGAAUAAACAAGACCUUGAGAUCGGACAUGAAGAUGCGGACUAUGAAAAUUAAAAUUUUUCAAAACUUAUUUUGGAAAGUUUUUUUUUAAAAGGCUUAUUUUAUUAAAUCUUUCUCUUUCAACAUGGUGGAAACACGCAAAACACAAAAAAUACACCUGAAAAACAACUUACUCUUCCACCCAAAUUUGUAUAUAAAUAAAACGUCUGCUCUAAUUUUUAAGCUUGGUCGAGUACGAUUGCGGUAACGUCUUUUGGCAAAGUGUUCAAACAUAAAUCCAUACGGACAUGAUCUAAAGCGGAAAAAAAAUCGCUGAUAAGCAUUGUUUCGAUUAUGAAACGAGGAAGUGGGAAACACUUGAAAUACCGUUAGUAGAAGCGUUAUCAGGAGCGGCGAUUCGUGGAAGGAAGCGACUUGAAUUCCUGAAAAACAACACGUUAGCCUUGUCCGGGGUGAUCUCCCGGAAAACCCCUCUGACGCUCAAGUUAGAACGUUGAUAUGAGAUUAUUGAGUAGAUGAUUAUAAAUUGAAUGCAAGAAGAUGUCGAGGUUGAUAUUGCUGGACUUUGGGUAGGCUAAUGAAGUGGAGUAAGAGUAGGGAUACUUAAGAGGAUUAUUUUCAGAUAAUCCCUUCCCUUCUGAUGUUGGCCUCUAUUUAUGGUGGUGAAGAAGGAAGUUAUUUCUGAGAAGAAGUGGAUUAUCAUGGGAGUAAUGGGCAGUUGUCACUCAUGGAAGAAGGAUAACCAAGCAAUGAGGGAGAGUGGGAAGUUGGGUCAAACAGGAGGUUAUUUUCCUGAAGGAAGUUAGGGUUUUGUAUGGGUCACUUGCGUAUGGGCCAACUGAAGAGUUGGGAGAAUCCAGGAAAGACCCAUUGACUAAAAGUCAAGGUCAAUCCAAAAGGUCAAAGGUUAUUAAGGUAAAAUGACAUUAAUAAUUUAAAUAAAUAAAUAAAUUAGGCAGGUGAUACCAUGACAUUUAGCCCCACGCACGAAGGAUGAUAUGAGAAAGGCAACCCUGAUGACUCGAAGUAUCUUUCUUUGUGCGGAAACGGUAAGAGUCAUUGGGUAGAUCUUUUGGCGGAUCCCGAAAAUUGGAUUCGUAAGCUUUAAAUCGACUGUUCACAUGCCGAAAUUCGAGUUGUAACGAAAAAGUUAUGGCCUUUUCAAAAUAAUCGCAUGAGAUGCUCCAAGAAAAAUAAAUAAUGUCAGUCAAGCCGCGGCUUAAGGUAUGCCGUAGAAUAUCCCUAUCCAUCCAUAUUAUUUAGGGGCAGAAAUAUAGUUGCGGAGGUUGGAUCCUGGUUCACGCUUCAUUGAUGCCGCGGAAGCCCCAAUACUUAGAAUAUUUUGGAAUAAGGAAGCCCCCAAGGGGGGGUCCGACUUGUCUACCACACGGAUGAAAAUCGCCACAAUUAAUUUUUUGAACGAGAUCACCAUCAGAGCGGGUCCAACUUGUAGACCUUACGGACAAGACGCAGGUUUUGUUCUAUGUUCCUUUUUGUUGUCGUGUUAUAACCCGUGGAAUCUUGGAAGGUACCAUACCGCGGCAUGAGUGAGUGGACUCGCCAAACAAUGAGUCACGUGUGUUGAGGACGCGGCUUAGGUUUACACUUUGAUUUUUUAUUCUUUACUGAGGGACUUAGAGGAGUCCGACUUGUCGAUGUUGCGGAAAGUCAAAAAAACUUGGAAUCAUUCUCUUCGUCUUAACACGCCCGUUUCUCUUCCAAGACGCGGAAAGAUCACAUAAGUCCGUGCCUUGGAUUAUAUGGAAAAAUGGAAGAAUUUCUCCCAUACUUAGAAUUUUUACACCAUAAUUGGGAGCACCUGGGGGUCCGACUUAUCGAUCAUACGGACAUCCCUCAUACUUGUAAUAAUUUCUGUUUUUCUUGGGGCAUGAUUCUGGGUCCGACUUAUCGACCCUACGGCUUCAAUAGAAAAUUUAAUAACUUAAAGAAUUUGUUGACAUUUUCUCCCAUCUUGGGGGUCCGACUUAUCGACUCCCCAGUCAUAAUCAAGAUAUGAUACUUAGAAAAAUUCUCAAUAUUUCCCCUUCAUUGAGGGUCCGACUAGUCGACUUCACGGACAUAGAUAAGAACACUUAGACAAAUCUUCGACGUUUGCCCCCUCAUUGGGGGUCCGACUUGUCGACUUCCCGGUUUUAGUUUGGAUUCCACUUUUCGUUCAAGGGAUGUUCAGGUUCGACGUUUGAGCAUUUAUUGCUGCAAUAAAUAGGGUUGUUGGAACACUUCCCUCUCACCUAACCUUCAUUAACUUCCUCAAUUCUUCAAAUCGCUUGAAAGAGAAAGUAGAGAGAAACGCUCUGACAACCUUCAAUCCUUCAAACUUCUGACAAUUCUCUCGAAGAUCUUCAAGGAUUCUGACAGAACUUCAUCAAACUUCUGACAAAUCUUCAAAAUUUCUUCAAGGUAUUCAAAUCUUACUUCAAAUUCUUGAAUUUCUUCAAAUUAUUCUUCAAACUGUUCUUCAAGUUCUUGAAUGUUUAAAGUUGAAUUAGUUCUAUGAAAUUAGUCAUUAUCCUUUACAAGUUUCGCCUACUAUUUUAUGACUGUCGUUAAUAUGGAUGUCGCGGCUACUCAUGAGAUAAUAGCUAAUUUCGACAUUAACCCGGCUAACCCGACAGAAAUUCCUUUGGUAGCAUGUAGAUGCUUUAAUAAAGAGGGGUUGCUAAUGAAUGAUUCGGACGAUAGUAGUUCGGUGACAAUCACCCCUCAUUAUGAACCAAUAAAGGCCAGGGAUGAGUCAUCUGUAUCCCCUGUAUACCCUCCAGAGAUAAUGAAAACUGCUCCUUAGGAAGUGAGCGUUGCUUUCUUCUCCAAUUACUUGCCGCGAAUAAAUCCUGACCUAGAAGGGUUAUUGUAUGUAGAUAUGGAAAACAUUGAAGGAUCAACCGAGUCCUCAGGAAGGGAGAGCGCAGCGUCGGUUCCUCAUCCAUUUUACAUUCCAAGCAGCGGUCCCCUUAACUACUUCAUAGAUUUACGAACCAAGAGAGACUUAGACAAGCGUCGGGAAGCCAUCUCUCAAAAAUGGGGUUUGAAAGAUCAUAUCAACAUUAUUACCCCAGGGAAUUAUGACACCGUUAGGUUUCCUCCCCCACACUGUAUAGCCGUAUAUAUUCCUUCCUUUGAGUUAGGACUUAGAUUUCCUCUCCAUCCAUUUUUUAGGGAAGUAUUAGAUUUUUUGAAUGUCUCAGUGCCCGAAUUGUACCCCAACGCGUGGGGUUGUAUGGUGGCGUUUUUGAUCCUGUUUAAAGUUUUGGCCGUGCCACCAACACUUACUGCCUUUAGGUAUAUAUUUAGAGCCCGCAUUUGCAACUCUCAAUCAUACGGCUGUAGCUGGGUAACCUUCACACAUCGUCGUGGGCUGAAGAUAGUCCACGACCUCCCUGACAACCAAAAGGGAUAUAGGACAAAGUUUGCCUAUUUAUACAAUUCAGGAGGAUGGAAUGUUAAGACCUCCUUCGACAUCAAACCCAACCUUUCGGGUUUUAAUAACGGGAUCCCGCAAUGUUCUUUUAAUGAUGCGGUGAUCGUAGAGUACGCAAAGAUGGACGUUCAAUUGGGGAGGAAACCCAUGAAUUUCCAACUCAACUGGAUAUCGGGUCGUCCUGAGUUGGAGAAUAAGAACCUCCUCUCAGCAUUUGGCAUCAGCCUGGCUAUCGAUCGGAGUAAGAGUCAUCGGAUUUCCUCCUUCCCGUUUUUAUGGUAUGUCUACUUAUUUCUAACUCUCGAUUUUUCAGGGAUAGCCAAGGAAAACCUAAGGGCAAAAAAUCCAGAACUCAUGAAGAAAUUCAGCGUUAUGCGAUUUGCUCAAGGGGCCAUCCAACGACCCGCGGAAAAACCCCUACCUCUUCCUCCAAAGGACUCGGCAACGGUAGAGAAGGGGCUGGACGAGGUGCCCUGCGAAGAGGAGGCCCUCCGGCUCCUUGAGGAGAGGAGACGAGUUCAUAUUCCCGAUGACUCUCAGAGGGUAACCGCUUCUAAGAAGAGGGAAUCGAAGAAGAGAGAGAGGAAGAGAAAGAGAGUCUCUUCCUCCCACGAGGAGAGUGCCUCAAAGAAGGCUUAUGCGGGAAUAAUAAUGACGGCCGUACCUCUGCAAAUGAGGUCGGUGGAGGAGGAGGUGGCUUCUCCUUAAGCCGAGGCGUCCCCGAUCCUGAGCCGGGGAAAAGAGAAGGUGGGGGAGUUCGAAGAAGAGAGAAUCGAAGAAGAGAGAGAGGAAGAGAAAGAGAGUCUCUUCCUCCCACGAGGAGAGUGCCUCAAAGAAGGCUUAUGCGGGAAUAAUAAUGACGGCCGUACCUCUGCAAAUGAGGUCGGUGGAGGAGGAGGUGGCUUCUCCUUAAGCCGAGGCGUCCCCGAUCCUGAGCCGGGGAAAAGAGAAGGUGGGGGAGUCGGCCGUGGCUCCUGAAGCGAAGGUGGAAGAGGUGUACCGUCGUCGGGAGGUUCUAACUUUCCGACACGACAUACCUUUUACUGAUUUGGAGCAUAAGGGAAUGAUAACCUGAUUCAACAGGGCGACAUCUCACUUGAUCAGCCAGGUGGAUUUCGACCUUUUGGAGUCUCUAUCCCCCACCGAUAGAGUCCGCCAACUCCAAGCUACCGCAGCUGAGGUAACGUCUUUCUACUCUUAUCUUUUAGGUUGGCCAUAUCUUGAUUCUAACUUGUUCAUUUCACAGGCUUUUUUGAGGUUGUCCUUUGAGCUCAACCUCAGUCGACAAAGCGCCGCAGAUAGGGAGACGCUGGCCGUCCUGUCCUCCCGCUGCAACGAGCAGGACGAGGAGCUCCAGAAGCUCCGAGAGGACUGCCGGGCUUAAAAGAUAAACUGGCUAAAUGCUCUAAGCUGAAAGAGCGUUUAGUCAGAACAGAGCAGUGGCGGGAGAGGGCGAGGAAACAGCUACAGGAGACCGUUGGGAGUCUGGACACGGCUUCUAACAAGUCGGCAACCCUCGGCCAUGAAGUCGGUCACCUGAUGGACGUUCAUGCUAAGCUGGUUCAUCACAACCAGUGUCUUUUGCAACAGGUGUCGGCUGAUUCGGCCAAGUUGAGACUUUGCUAUCCGCGGCUAAGGUGUAUAAAGUUAGCUUGGAAAGACGAGCCCGGAUAGCUAGGGAUUGGCUAACUUCGGACGAGCCGGAGGCGUCAAGUUUAUUGGGGGAUCUGACGACAGAGAUGGUGGGUGCUGGUUCCACGAUCAGUGAAGAGAAGUACCGUCUGGCUGCCGCGGAGUUAGGCGUCGACUUCGAUUCUCUCCAACAAAAGGCAAAUCUAAAGGGAGAUGAAGCUCUGGCCAACCUAGCUCUGAUUUUGGAACGGGAAUCGGCGGUACUGGUGGACCCCAACUAGGAUGUGGAAGAGGCGAGGGCUUGGUCGGAGAGAGUUGAUGUUGCGGCUGAAAAGGAGGCUCUAUGUCUUGAUCUGGAUAAGUUAACUCUCUCCCCUCCUUCGGCCUCGGGCACCCCCGAAAACUUGGCGCUUUCUUAGCUGGAGGGUUUAUGCUUAGAUCUGUCAAAUUUACUUAUUGAUGAAGGAAGAAAUCUCCAGGGCUUGUCCAAGGAGCUGUCCGAGAUUGAAGUGGAGCCGUUCAACAUUGAAGAUUUUGUGAGCUUCACUCCAAGUCUUGAAGAGGGGACGGCCGGGUCUCCUCAGUUGCCGGAUCGAGAUGCGGAGGGGGACGUUGACGCCUUCCUAGAUGAUGUUUAGUUUUGUUUUGACAUUGUAAUCUAAACUUGACAUUUUUGAACGGAUUUUGUAAUUUGAAUUAUAUAUGUAUAUAUUUUUGAGUGACACUCCUAAGAUUGAUGCGGCCUCUUUCAAUAUUGAUACUUCUAAAAUUUUGUAAUUCCUUAU